GUAUGUAUGUUUUAUGCAACCUGUCCAUAAAUCAAGAUGGAGUGCGUCAUGGGCAGUGCGCAAGAGGGUAAGCGCGCGGCACAUGUGGAGACGCUGGUGCGCACCGAGGAGGAUGCUGAGAUUUGACUCUCCAAAGACAUCUGGGUACCAGUGAUGUUACCGCAUUUCACCGCAAUCUCCUCGUACAGACUGAUACGCCAAUGAUUUGCUAAACGGGAUUUACAGACCCAUCUGCAGGCUCUGGCUCCGCGGUCUUCGUUGCCGAAGCCUCGCCAUGGUAGAGUUGGAACCUGUUGUUUGGAACUUUACGCUCAAUGGAUCGCACACUAAUGAAUCUGGAUCAGGAUAUCCAAGUGAUGAAUUUUAUAAUAUUGUUCAUCUCACGGAAACCAAAAUCCUUCCGGCGUUUGUUGGAUUUCUGUGCUCCGCCGGGCUUGUUGGAAAUGUUCUUGUCUUGGUCACUAUAUUAAGGUCAGCCAAAAAGACAGUACCAGACGUGUAUGUGGGUAACUUGGCGGUGGCUGACCUGGUUCACGUGACCGUCAUGCCAUUCUUGAUUCACCAGUGGGCACGUGGAGGGCACUGGGUCUUUGGCAGUACCCUCUGCACAAUCAUUAGCUCUCUGGAUAACUGUAACCAAGUGGCAUGUGCUGCAGUCAUGACUGCUAUGAGUCUGGACAGAUACCUGGCCCUUGUUCAUCCGUUUCGCCUGUUGAGCCUCAGAACCAGAUCCAGGACGAUCCGUAUUAACCUCUUUGUGUGGGCAGCCUCUCUCAUCAUGGUUUUGCCCGCCUGGAUUCACUCCAAAGUGAUCCUCUUUAGGGACGGACUGGAGAGCUGUUCACUCAACCUGGUCUCUCCUAAAGAGGUGCUCUGGUACACAGUCUACCAAACGACGACCUCCUUCUUCCUGCCAUUACCACUUAUUCUCAUCUGCUAUAUACUGAUUCUCUGCUACACCUGGAGAAUGUAUGGCAAGAACAAAAAAGCUCACAGAUAUUGCACAAACCUGCCUCGAGAACGUAUCGUCCGCCUCACUAAAAUGGUUUUGGUUCUGGUGGCUGUGUUCCUGGUUAGUGUUGGGCCCUAUCACGUGCUCCAGCUUGUAAACCUGAGUGUACCUCGUCCCUCAUUAGCAUAUCACACCUGCUACUACCUGUCAGUGUGUCUGAGCUACGCAGCCAGCAGCAUAAACCCUUUCAUCUAUAUUCUGUUCAGCGGACAUUUCCGCCACAGGCUGGUUUGUCGGGACACACCCAGCAUGCCGAGUGUGGAACGAGAGAUCCAGCCCCGCUCCAGUUUUUAAUCCCAAUUUCCACUGAAACACAGACAGCAAUAUGCAAGAUAUACCAGGUAACACAAUGCACAAUUGAAUUCUUUUUAAGAUUUCUGGGAAUAAUUUAUCAAAGCAGGUAUGGGAUAUUUAAUGUGUGCAUGUGCAAUAUGCAUGUCUUGCACUUUUAGAAUUUUGUUGUAAAUAGUCUUCUGAUAUUUCUUGUGUAUUGUGGUGUAUGUGCUCCCUCUACUGUUUAAAUGUAGUAACUGUCUCUGCAGCACAGUUGUAAAAAUCAACGAUGGAUAUUUUUAAGGGGAUUUGGCAAUUUCGCAAUGCAAUAAAUUAUUAUGUGCAGCACGAUGUAAAGAAACAGUGAACAUAUAAAUAAACACCGAAAAACGGAAUGAUCAUAAUAGUGUUCAAGGAUGGGUUUUUUAUGUCAUUGCUUUAAAUUCUCAAUGUAACCCUGGUACUCAUCAUUUUAUGUGACCUUGCAAAAGCUUUAAUCGCAUUUUAUUAUGUUUAUGAAUGUUUUCCCAAUUGUCCCCAAAGGUUUUUGAUAGAAAAUUUGCCAUGUCAGAAAUGCGUCUGAGCAAAAGUAUGCACGUGAGCAUGUUUUCAUCCUGUGUGAAAAAACAAGAGAAAUCAAUGGUGCUUGGGACAAAAAGUGACAGUUACGCACAAAUCCUUUAAUGGUAUUUUGGGAUUGUCUAGUGUGUGCUGGACCUCAUAAUAAAGUAGAGGACGUCUGUAUCAGAGUAAUAAUAAGAGUGAGGUCAUUGACCAGACGGACAGAGAUUCAGGGGUCUGCUGUAAGGGGAAUCAAUACUCAGACCAGAGACAGACAGAGUCCGCGUCUGACCUGAAGCGUGCCCGUCAGCAACGGCUAGAAACUCAUCCGCCAUGCUCGCUCUUUCUCUCUGUCUCUCAGUUUAACUUGCCCAAAGCAAAAUAUCAACUCAUGUGUGCAAAUACUUGUCAAUAAUAGUAUUUCAGUGUCAACAUAGCCUGUUGUGACCAUGCAUUGUUGAGUGAAUUCAAAUGUAUUAUAUCAAAUCAUUCCUGUUAAUAAAUCAACAUGUUUAAUUUCAUUUUUACUUGA